AUGGAGAGGGACUCAAAGAACAGUGUAUUUGAGCCUUACAGGUUCUUUCACACUAGCAUUUUAUUUGGUGUAAAGGAUGAGGGGAGGAAUCACACUCGGGUGCAGACCAAGUGUGAAAAUAUAGAUGAGUGUGUGCGAUAUCACAGGUGUCAGUUUGGCUGUCAGAAUGUUGCGGGUGGUUUCCGCUGCAGCUGUCCACAGGGAUACACUCAACACCAGCAGUGGAACCAGUGUGUGGAUGACAAUGAGUGCUUGAAUCCGGGCAACUGUGGCUCAGCUUCCUGUUUCAACACGCUGGGCAGCUUUAAGUGUGGCUGUCCAUCUGGCUUCACGUUUGAGCCUGUGUCCAUGAGCUGUGAAGACGUGGACGAGUGCGUGUCUUCCACGAGCCCCUGCAGAUACGCCUGCUCAAACACACAGGGGGGUUCAUGUGCGGAUGUCCCGCAGGAUAUUACAGAGCAGGACAGGGGCACUGUGUAUCUGCUGCUGGUUUUGGAGGUGGUGACCAGAAGAAUAAAACAAUCUUUCUCCUGAAACCUGCUAUGGCUGCAAAACCAAUGGACACCAGAAGAAAAGUGUCAGGAGAAGACACAUUUCAAACUUCACACA